AUGUCUACGCCCACAGAUACAUGUGAUGCGCUAAGCGAUAUCACCAACAUCGCAGGUACUAAUUACUUUGAGAUGGGCCAAAUCACGCCAAUUAUAUUGGAUAAGGAAAAUAUCCCACCAGAUGCACACAGGAAUGAUAUACAUGUUGGCAUUGGCACAGCGACCACAGACACAUGGACGACGGGUCAAGAGAAAGCGCAGGACAUCAAGGCGCCCGGGAAGGGUGCCGGCGAUGUACCGGCGACGGCGGCCGAGGAGGAGCUGGUGAUAAGGGCGCCGGUGCACUGCGACGGCUGCGGCAGGAAGUUGCGCCGCUCACUGCAGCGCCUCGAGGGUGUUGGAGAGGUGACCGUGGACAGCCGGACCAACACGGUGGUUGUGAGGGGCCGCAGGGUGGUGGAGAACGCGUCGGAUGUCGUGGAGGUCGUCGAGAGGAGGACCGGGGAGAAGGCGGUGUUGGUGAGCCCGUCGCCGGAGAAGCUGCCGCCGCCGCGGUCAGCGGCCAAGGGUGGAGAGACCAAAGACAAGAAAGACGACGCAAACACAAAGGACGACACGGGGGAUGAUGAGUUACCGGAAGUGAACAUGGAAAUGGUUACCGUUCUCAAGAUGAACUUGCACUGCGACGCCUGCAGCGAGGAGAUCCGACGGAGGAUACUGAAGAUUACAGGUGUGGAGGAAGCCGUGCCGCACCUGAAAUCCUCACAGGUGAUGGUGAAGGGAAAGGUGGAGCCGGCAACACUGGUCGGCUUCAUCUACAAGUGCACGGGGAGGAAAGCCGCCAUCAUCAGGGCGGAGCCACUGGAUGAUCUCCUGCAAUCAGCAAAGUCGACGGCGCCACCAACGGUCGUCGCGCCGGUACCACCGGUUGAAGCUGAGAAUCCUCCGGGGGAGAAGAAAAAUGGCGGACAGAACGGGAAGAAGGAAGAGCCAAAUGAGGAGAACAAGGGAGGAGGAGGACAAGAGGAGGACCAUGUGGAUGAUGAGAGCCCGGAAACGGAGAAGCCGAGCGACGGUGGACAUGGCGCUGAGGAGCAUGGAACCCAUCCCGGCGAAGCUCAAAACCAUGAUGGUGGCGGCCAUGGCGAUGGGCUCGUGCUGGAGAAUCAUACCAAGGACGACCACCUGUUCACCGUUCCGAUGCCGGCCGGAGUUGUGACGGUGGCGCCUGAGAUGGCCCUCAGCAACCGCAGCUACUUCUACCCGUCGUAUCCUUCUUAUGCACAAUACUAUUACCCGUACCAGCAGUACCAGUAUCCGCAGGCGUACCCGGCGUAUGCUUGCAGCCCUGCUGCCAUGUAUGGGUAUGGCUAUCCAGCAAACUAUCCACCGGAAGCUUUCAGUGAGGAGAACCCCAAUGCAUGCACCAUCGUGUGA